AUGCCAACUCACUCAUUGCUGCCGUUUGUGGAGAGCCCAGAUGGACUUGCCCAAGACAGUUUGAUUAGUAACAGUGCAAGUAUCCCAGGGCCUGGCUCUAGCAUGACACCUCACAUCACUUACUCAGAAAAGGCCCUGCUGCAAUCUGGAGGGAGUACACCAUUAUCCUGUAUGUUCUGUGAUCAGACGUUCACUCAACAGGAUGAGCUAGGACCCCACGUAUUAACACAACACCCUACAACUUUCUACGAGCCAGCUGUGCUUAGAGUCGAAGCAGAAUUUAGGAUCCCAGGAGACAGAACCCGACCCAAACCGAGUAGCCUCCCUGCUGAAAAAGAGGAGGUUCACAGCUGUAUUGUGUGUGGUCAGAUAUCACAAGACGCCAGUGAGCUCGAGACCCACAUGAGGAAGCACAAGGACUACUUUACUUACUGCUGUAAUGUGUGUGGAAGGCGGUUUAGAGAGCCGUGGUUUCUCAAGAACCACAUGAAGAUGCACGUAAAACCAGGAGCAAAGAGCAAAGCCCAGCAAGACCAAGAGACCCCGGUCACAGUCAACGGCAUCGCCCAAGACCCUGUUUCAGAGCCUGUAGUCACUGUUUACAAAAUGUGCAUGGUUUGUGGGUUUUUCUUCCCUGACCACGACAGUUUGGCAGAACACAGCAAAGUACAUAAUCGAGAAGUGGAGCCCGGCAAAGAUAAAGAGACAGAGAGCACGGAUGGCGCUACUGAAUCUCUUGCCAAAGAGACAUUUCUUCAGAGUCUCAAUCUUCAGCUCUCUACAGGAAAUAGCGUGCAACCUGUCAGGUCAUCAAAAUGGAUUCCACAGCUUGAUCCUUUCAACACAUAUCAGGCCUGGCAACUUGCUACAAAGGGUAAAAUAGCAGUCGGUCCUAAUAAUAUUAAAGAUAUCGGCCAGGAAGCCAGCACAGACAAUGAAGACUGCGGCUCUGAUAAGGAGGAGUUGAAUAAUAUCUGGUCUGAAGGCCAAGGAGACAAAGCUAUGAAAGAGGGUUUCGGGAGAGAGCUCAAGUCUCAGCAGCAGACUGCAGCAGACAACCCAGAGCCACAGCGAAGGUCUCUAAUGCAAAAAAAUAAGGACAAAGAAAGGCCAACCACUUGUGAGGAAUGUCAGAGGACGUUCAGGACCUACCACCAGUUAGUUCUCCACUCCAGGGUGCACAAGCGAGAGAAAGGUGGCGAAGAAAGCCCGACUUCUUCUGUCGACGGGAAGUUGUCGAGAGUAGGCUCGCUGGAUCACGCAGAGGACGGCUCCGAGGAGGGCUUUGAGGAAGCUGCAAUGACAGAAAGUCUGGUUUCAGGUGAAGAUGGUUUCGAUCGAUCAAAGGUCAGAUCAAAAGAAUGCAGCUACUGUGGCAAAUCAUUUCGAUCCAGCUAUUACCUCACAGUUCAUCUGAGGACUCACACAGGUGAAAAACCGUUCAAGUGUGCUUAUUGCAACUAUGCUGCCGCCCAGAAGACGUCACUGAAAUAUCACCUGGAUCGGCGUCACAAGGACAAACCUUACAUGGAGAUCCCCAGCAGACCUGUGCCUUUAAUGCCCUCUCCAAAUGAUAGAAAACAUGGAAACGACAAAGAAAAUCCUGCCCCGAAUAGAUCCAAACUCUGGGUUCCUGCAGUAAGAUCAUGCACCAAUGGAACACCGGAGGACAGAUUUGAUGACAGGGGUAGCAAACUCGGCAAACCACUCAUCCAGGUGAAUGCUGAGUAUGAGAAAUUAAUUGUUAAGCCUGCUUACUCUCCAACUGACGAUGUGCUCAUAAAGUACCCAGUACCUGUUAACCUGAAGAUGGAACGGGAGGAGAUAAAAGACGAGAACUCUGAGACCCCAUUAAAUCUGUCCUUAAAAGUGUCUCUCUCCAUCCCUGCCAGUGCAGAACCCAGAAACACAUUAAUCCCAAUUGCCUGUUCGAUUUGUGCAUAUAAAACCAUCUACCCAGAGGUCCUGAUUAUGCACAAAAAGCUGAAUCAUAAAGACAAGUCAGACGGCACAAAAAAGAACAGCUUAGGAGGUAGUUUGAAACCAAAGCGUCACACAGGCUGCCCCCCUGCGCUCGAUGGGAAAGAUGUCCCCCCACUUCCAAUGAUUGACAGACGCCACCCACGUCGAACCAAAUCCCCAACCCCGCAACCUGCAAAACCACAAGAAAAGACACCUGUUAACCCAAAUCCUGCUCCUAAAAUGUCCCCUAUCCAUGCACCUGUGCAUGACGCCCAGGAGCCACAGCGACAUAGACAGAACAUGGAUUCACAUGCCAGUCACGAAUCCUCCAAGUAUACGGAGCUCAUGAGGAAAUCCAACACGGGUGGCAAGUAUGUGAUGGACAGACCAGCACCCCCGGACAGAGUGGGAAUUGGUGAGAGGAGUUACCCAGCGAGAAGCGGCGUCAUUUGGCACCAAGACGCUGCCAGGCUGUGUUUGUCAAGCCGAUUUGGGAACCUACCCCAGAUUGAUUUUGGUGAACCUUCCAGCAAGAGAUUAAAGUACUCUCUAACGACAGGCAGGGAAGCCGACACUGGUGACAAGCCCGGCUUCAGAGGACCGUCAGGAGAUGGAUCCAACAGGCUGCUUAUCUCAGCGAGAAGUGUGAAAACCACAUCACAGGGGUCAUGUCCAUCCACGGCGACUGAGGCUUUGGGUUCUGUGAAGAAUACUACAUCUCUCGGAGGGGUUUUGGACUCUGACUGGGGAAUGAUGAACCUUUUGCGCCCCUACACACCCAAUGACCUGGCGUCUCUCUAUCACCCCACCCCACCUAACCACAGUCACGCGGGCCUGGCGAACCCAAGAGCAGGGGGCAGAACUGUGCUGUUCCAACACUUACCCACUCUGCCCAACCUGCAGAGGAGAGACCCCUCAGGCCCAUUCCCUAAUCAACGCUAUGGGAACACUGAUAAAACUACCUAAAGUGGCAUCAAGGUAAAAACUUGGAAAAAGUGAUACAGUAGGGCUUCGUUUCUUUUUAUUUUGAAACCUUACCACAAAUCUUUUUGAAAAAAGUUUUACCUGGCACUUGAUAUAAGUGAAUCAAGUCACAUUUAAAUAAAUAGAUAUAUAUAUUAUCUUUUUUCCUAUCUCUAGAUUUGAACUGUGCUGCUACCUUAUUUCGGAGAACUUCUUGGAAAAUUAGUUUAAUGUACAGAAUAAAUAAGAGAGAUGGUUUGUGUUGAAAAAGACUCCCUUAAUUUAAUAUUAUUUUUUCAGUUAUAGAAAAAUUGUUGCAUACACAUUUCAGGGCUCCAGUGGCCUUCAGUGUACAUUUUAAUUUCUUUUUUUUUUUUUUUUUU